AUGCCGCCCGUGACGGGCGCGCGCUGGGCCGGCGUCAAGGUGGCGGACCGCUUCGCGCCCGUGUGCCCGCAGCGCCUGCCCGACAUCGCCAACGAGACGGCCGCCCUGCGGCGUAUGCCGCGCGGUCGCCUCGAGUACCUCAAGCGCCUGCUGCCCUACCUGCAGGACCAGAGCGAGGACUGCCUCUUUCUCAACAUCUACGCGCCGGCUCAAGAAAACAUGUUUAUUGCACAAACUAUCUCAUUUUCUGGCUAUUAUACACAGAAUUAUUGUACAAAUUACAUUUGA